CCAAAUAAAAAAAAAAGGAGAUGUUUUUAUCCUUUCUUCUUCAGUGUCCAAAGGCAUCAAAAGCCAAAGUAAGGAGUAACCCUCUCCCUCAAUCAAGGAAAGCAAGACAAGAUCCUUUGCCGUCUGGGGUUUUUAGUAUUGCUGGAAACACCCCAUGCUCGUUGCCUCCUCGGUUGAUAAACCUCGAGUGAGAAACCGCCGCCGCUGAGAUCGUAUGAGGAGGUGGCUGUCGGGCUUUUGUCUCAGCGGGCCGAAGCGGCGUUCCGUCAGAACCCACGACCGACCGGAUCCCACGGAGACUCGUGGAGGAUCCAUGGUUGAACCACAAGGAAGCAAUUCCACUGCUGACCCUCAAAGCAGCAGUCGAAUCUCGAACGGCUCUCAGAGAAUGGAAAUGGUGGUUGAUUUGCAGGCUAGUCAGCAGAAAAAUAUCAUAUUGAAUCAUGAAUUCUCUGAAGGGCUGAAUUACUGGCAUCCCAAUUGCUGUCAUGGGUAUGUGGCAUCGGAAGGGUGUGGUCUUCUUGAUGGAGUUAGAGCAAACUCGGGGGGGAAUUAUGCAGUUGUCACGCAGCGGACUGAAAGCUGGCAAGGUUUGGAACAGGACAUUACAGGGAAAAUUACUCUUGGUGUGAGAUAUAAUGUCUCGGCCUAUGUUAGAGCCUAUGGGGAUCUUCAGGAACCUUGUGGAGUCCAAGCAACGCUAAAAUUAGAGAAUCAAGAUUCUUCUAUCAAUUAUUUAUUGGUCGAAAGGGUCUUAGUUGCAAAAGAUCGCUGGGAGAAGUUAGAAGGUUCCUUUUCAUUGACAAGCAUGCCGAAACAUGCAGUGUUUUAUUUGGAAGGACCUCCUCCUGGUGUAGACCUGCUCAUAGAUUCCGUAACAGUCUCUUGUGAGAAAACAGAGAUGGUAGUUGGUUCGCAGAUUAGCCACACAAACAACAUUAUCUCGAACCAUGAUUUCUCUGGAGGGCUUCAUUCCUGGUGUCCUAACUGUUGCCAUGCAUAUGUGGCUUCUGAGUGGUCUGGUUUCCUUAAUGGAGUAAGAGCAAACUCAGGAGGAAAUUAUGCUGUCGUCACGAAACGUACUGAAUGCUGGCAAGGGUUGGAACAGGAUAUCACGGGGAAAGUUUCUUCUGGUAACACAUACUUUGUCUCAGCCUAUGUUCGAGUUUAUGGGGAUCUUCAGGGUUCCACUGAAGUCCAGGCAACACUUAAAUUAGAGUAUUCAGAUUCUUCUACUAGUUAUUUAUUUAUUGAGAGGAUAUUAGCCUCUAAAGAAUGCUGGGAAAAGUUGGAAGGUUCUUUUUCACUGAAAACCAUGCCUAGACGUAUUGUAUUUUUUCUGGAAGGACCUCCACCCGGGUUGGACCUGCUCAUAGAUUCUGUCACCAUCUCUUCUUCUGGCCUAAAGCAGUUUGAGGAAAAGAGCCCCAGAUGUGUUACCAAUGGAGAUGAGACUAUCUCGUGGAACCCUCAUUUUGAUACUGGCAUACAUAAUUGGUCUGGAAGAGGAUGCAAGAUUCACAGACAUGAAUUUGGAGGGGAUGGAAAUAUACGUCCAUUUAGUGGAAAUUUUUUUGUUUCAGCAACUGAGCGCACUCAAAGCUGGAAUGGUAUCCAGCAGGAAAUCACUGGUCGGGUGCAAAGAAAGCUUGCGUAUGAGGUCACUUCAGUGGUUCGGAUAUCUGGGAGUGCUAGUUCUGCUGACGUGCGGGCAACUUUGUGGGUUCAGGCACCAAAUGGCCGUGAACAAUACAUAGGCAUUGCCAAACUGCAGGCAUCAGAUAAAGAGUGGGUGCAGUUGCAGGGAAAAUUCCUCUUAAAUGGUGCUGCUUCAAAAGCCAUAAUAUUUCUAGAAGGGCCGCCACCAGGUACUGACAUUCUUGUCGACAGUUUUGUAGUAAAACAUGCUGCGGAAGUCCGAUCUUCACCUCCACCUCAUUUUGAGAAUAUCUUGUAUGGAGUUAAUAUAAUCAAGAACAGCACUCUUAAUGAUGGUCUAAAUGGGUGGAGUCCUCUCGGCUCAUGUACUCUACGUGUAUCUACCGAUCCAUACUAUUUGUUUCCUUCAAUAGCAAGUAAUUCUCUUGGGCAUGACCAACCUUUGGGCAAUUGCUACAUCCUCACUGUGAAUCGCACAGAGACCUGGAUGGGCCCUUCUCAGACAAUCACAGGCAAGCUAAAGUUGCACUUGACAUAUCGAGUUGCUGCGUGGGUUCGUGUUGGCUCAGGAGCAACCGGUCCUCAAAACGUCAAUGUUGCACUUGCUGUAGAUAAUCAGUGGAUCAAUGGGGGACAGGUUGAAGCAAAUACUGACAGAUGGUAUGAACUCAAGGGAUCUUUUAGAAUUGAGAAGCAGCCAUCCAAAGUUGUUGUUUAUGUUCAAGGCCCUUCACCAGGUGUUGAUCUGAUGGUUGGAGGACUCCAGAUAUUUCCAGUUGACAGGAAAGCACGAGUUAAAUAUCUGAAGGAAAAAACUGAGAAGGUAAGGAAACGUGAUGUUGUCCUAAAACUCCCAGGUUUUGACAGUGCCAGUUUACAUGGUGCACCUAUAAAAAUUAGGCAAACACAGAACAGCUUUCCAUUUGGGUCUUGUAUCAAUAGGUCAAACAUUGAGAAUGAGGAGUUUGUCGAUUUCUUUGUGAAGAAUUUCAAUUGGGCUGUGUUUGGGAAUGAGUUGAAGUGGUACCACACAGAGCCACAACAAGGGAAGUUGAACUACAAAGAUGCUGAUGAGAUGCUAGAUUUUUGUCAGAGACAUGGUAAAGAAACUAGAGGCCAUUGCAUCUUCUGGGAAGUGGAAGAUGCUGUCCAGCCAUGGGUCCGAUCAUUGAACAGUCAUGAGCUGAUGAUAGCCAUCCAGAAGCGUCUCAAAAGUCUGCUGUCUAGGUACAAGGGUAAAUUCAGGCACUAUGAUGUGAACAAUGAGAUGCUUCAUGGAUCAUUCUAUCAAGAUAAGCUUGGAGAAGAUAUCAGAGCAUACAUGUUUAGAGAAUCCCAUCAGCUGGAUCCUUCUGCCAUCCUGUUUGUGAAUGAUUAUAAUGUAGAAGAUGGAUGUGAUCCUAAGUCUACUCCAGAGAUGUAUAUCCACCAGAUCCUUGAUUUGCAGGAGCGAGGUGCACCAGUGGGAGGGAUUGGCAUUCAAGCUCAUAUCAGUCAUCCGGUGGGAGAAAUUAUAUGUGAUGCGCUGGAUAAAUUGGCAAUACUGGGUCUUCCUAUUUGGUUUACUGAGUUGGAUGUAUCUGCGGUAAAUGAACAUGUUCGAGCUGACGACCUGGAGGUUGUCCUCCGUGAAGCUUAUGCACAUCCUGCUGUGGAGGGGGUCAUGCUUUGGGGAUUUUGGGAAUUGUUCACGUUCAGGGAUAACUCUCACUUGGUUGAUGCUGAAGGCAGCAUUAAUGAAGCUGGUAAGCGGUACCUUGCUUUGAAGCAAGAGUGGUUGUCACAUACUGAUGGGCAUAUCAAUGCCUAUGGAGAAUUCAAAUUUAGGGGGUAUCAUGGAACAUACACUGUAGAGAUAACUACUCCUCCAGGAAAGAAAAUAUCGCAAUCAUUUGUUGUAGACAGUGGAGAUUCUCCGCUUGUGUUGAUUGUAAAUUUAUAGAUUGUCCAUACAUGAUGUAAAUUUUUCCCCAUAUAUACUAUUUCAUGUGUUAUAUGUGUUCAGUUCUAGAAGAAAAUAUAAACUGGAUGGUCUUUCCUUUUAAGGCUUUUAUCUUAUGCAUGGAUUGAUCU